ACUUACUUUAUUAUUACGAUUAAAUUAUCUGACUAAAAGGUAGCAAUUUGUCAAUCAUUUUGUUGCACACGCAAUUAUAAUACUAUACAAUCAGUAAUAACACACAAUUAUGGGUAUGAAUUGGUACUUAACGCUACAAUUUUGUUCAAAACACACUAAGCGAUUUAUCUUAAUUCAUCUAUAACUACACAUGACCGAGUUAAAAAGUCACAGUUUAAUUUCCAAAAUUCUGUUCGGUGUCAUCCAACAUUGAUCACUAUAAUGAUUAAAACUUUUGUUUCUUUAAGAAAAUUAUAUGGUAAACUUGUGCGUGAAUUUUUGCAGGAAAGUGGCAUACAUGGCUUGAAAAUAUUUCUAUCCACCUCUCCGAUCCCCUUCGCGAAGCACCUUUGGUUUAUCUUCCUAUCCAGCAUUAUUAUUGUCACUCAUGUGAUAAUUAUCAAUUUAAUUAUGAAAUAUAUGGAUCAACCAACUGAGGUUCGUAUGUCCACAAAACUGGUGCAUGUUGCCAAUAGUCCAUUCCCGGCUGUCGCUAUUUGCAGUGCAAAUAAGAUAAGCCGACACAAAAUGAUGCGCUUUGCGGAGCAGGUCUUCGCAGCUCAGGAAAGACUUCAACCCAAUCUACUUGCGAAAAAUGUCAGUGAAAUGGCUGAACAUUUGAAGCUGCUUACCGGCUUCUUUCUCUACCCUUUAGACAGGUAUAGCGAUAGCGAUCCCCGACUUGGUCAACUUCAUAAUAUACUGACGAGCAUGUAUAAUGGCAGCGAAUAUCCAACACGCGAAAUACUUUUCGACUUAUCGCCCGACUGUCCCGAACUCAUCAUUAGUGGUAUGGUUUUCGGAAAGACAGUAAAUAUAACAAAAUAUUUUGAAAAACGUUCGAUAUCGGUGGGUGCAUGUUGUCUCUUCAACUAUCGUCGCGAAACUUAUACCACGAAUAGCAUAAGAUCUGCCUUCACCAAGGCCAAUAGCAAGUUAUUGGAAAAUGUUACAUUCGAGUCUAAUUCCCUACUAAACUCGGUACAAUUUGUUAUACAAAGCGAUUCGAAUGAUUUUUGGCAUACCGAAUUCACCAGUUAUGCAUUUCGUGUAAGUCGAUUGCGUUUAAUUUGUUCUCUUGAUUUUCCAAUUAUUUUACAGCUUUAUUUGUUUCUACAAAAUGACUAUCCGACUGUAAUGACAAAUACCAUGGGUGAGAUUUUGGUGAAUCCUAGAACUUUAGUGGAGAUUGCAAUACAGCCGUCAUUUUAUGAGGCCUCUCAUGCUAUACGCAACUUCUCACCUGAGCUAAGGCACUGUUAUUUUAAGGAUGAGGGAGAACGUUUGCUAAAUAAAUCCUAUUACUCGCACGAUGAGUGUCUACUCAUUUGUCGCAUGCAAAGUAUGCAACGGUAUUGUGGUUGUGUAAGCCCCUUCCUCGCGCCAUCACUCAUCAAUGCGAGCGUCUGUACUCUAUUGCAAUUGCCCUGCCUCUCAAACUGGUUGCGUGUGUUUACUCAAUGGUCUUACUUCGAUUAUGUGGAGCAGCCGCACGGUUUCGAUAAGUGCAACACUUGUAUGUCGACCUGUGAAGGUGUCGACUAUAAAACUUACCUGAAUUACAUACCACUGCGUAAAAAAACCGGCAAUGAUACGUUCACCUUUGGUUUGCUAGAAGGUCUUAAUAGCGACGAACCAUUGGCACUAGUGAAAUUAUUCUUCAAACAAUUGUAUGCGGAAUUGACUUACAUAGACAUUGUAGGCGAUUGGGUUACGUUGUUGAGCCGUUUCGGUGGCAUUCUAUCGCUUUUCUACGGCUUUAGCAUACUAAGUUAUAUUGAAGUUUUUUACUUUAUGAGUGGUAAGUGGCUUGUGCUUAUAUAUAGGGCCUGGCAGCUGGCGUAUAUUCCGAAAGAGCGGCGUGACAACCAAUUGCUGGAGAAGAGCGCUGAAAAACGCAUAUUUUCGUUGUAUUGGAGUGAGUUGCAGCCCAAAACUGUUAUGUUGCAGAAAUACCCAAAGAAUAUUAAAUGGCAAAAUCAUUAUGAUGAUAGUUAUUAGCACUUGAUACAAUCUGAAAGUAUACGAGAAAUGUUGGCACCAAUAAAAAAUACAAUAAAUAAAAAUUCUAUAUUGUAAGAAUAUGGAGACUUAUUUUAACUCUGACCUUAAAAGUUCAAACAUUGAUGUGUAACUUUAAAUGUAUUGUUUUUGUUGAAGCGGAAGAAAAACAUAAGCAAAAUAAUUUUGCGAAUACAGUCGAACUUGCAG